AUGCCUUCAGCCGCGUUGUCGCUCCUUGUUUCAGCGGCCGCGCUAAGCAUCUACGGAGUGGCAACGGUCAUCUACAACCUCUUCUUUCACCCCUUACGCCGCUACCCGGGACCCAAGCUAUGGGCAGCUACGCCUGUACCUGCAGCCGUCAACAUCCUCCGAGGCACUCCCCACCUGUCCAUUCUGGAACUGCACAAGCGCUACGGCGACGUCGUGCGCGUUGGACCCAACGAGCUGGCACUUGCACACGCUGACGCAUGGAAGGAUGUCUGCGGACAUCUCAAGCGCGGACAAGACGAGAACGGAAAAGAUCCAAAGUACGGCAACGAAGAGAUGGACAGGAGUCUUAUUUCGGCAUCACGCGAGAGGCACGGGCCCGCACGACGACUUCUGUCUCACGCGUUCUCUGCUCGAGCAAUGGCGGAGCAACAGCCCCUGAUGGACCGAUUGAUCAGCCUCUUUAUUCAGAGAGUACAUGAACACAGCAAACGUGGAACGGUGGCUAUGGAUGCUUCCAAGUGGUUUGAGUGGACGACGUUCGACAUUAUUGGGGAUCUGGCCUUUGGCGAGCCCUUUGGAUGUCUGCAGAACUCGGCCUCGCACCCUUGGGUGGACAGCUUCUUCGCGUCCAUGAAGAUCAUCCCGUGGAUUCAAGCCAUUAGCGACUUCCCUCUCUUCUCUGUGUUAAAGCCUCUCUACUUCAUUCUUUUUGUUCCCAAGGAUGUGCUGAAACAGCGGCAUCUAAGCCAGGUGAUGGCCGAGGAGAAUCUGAAGAAGCGGCUGGCUAUUGGGGGUGAUCGGCCAGACUUUGUUCAAGCCUUGUUGAAGAGCGGCGAGAAACACGAAAUGUCUCCGAUGGAGAUGAGGGAUAACAUGGUCCUUCUCACCACCGCCGGCUCUGAGACAACUGCCACGACUCUCGCGGCAACGACAUACUUUCUGGGCAACCACCCCGAAGUCCUCGCAAAGCUGAACGCCGAAGUUCGCUCAGCAUUCAAGAGCGAGCAGGAGAUUGAUGUCAACAGCGUCCAGAGUCUUCCUUACAUGCUUGCUGUUCUCAGAGAGUCAAUGCGAGUUUAUCCUGCUGUUGCAAUUGCCUUGUUGCGUCAGACGCCUCCGAGCGGUGCGCAGAUCGCCGGGGACUGGGUCACUGGAGGAACGACUCUUGGUAUCUGGCAGUAUGCUGCGUAUCACGAUCCCACUAAGUUUCUUUAUCCGGACGCGUUUAUCCCGGAGCGUUGGUUGGAUGAUGAGCGUUUCGAUGGCGACCAGAAAAACUUGCAUCAGCCGUUUUCUUAUGGCCCUCGCAAUUGCUUAGGCAUGAACCUUGCUUUUGCUGAGAUGAGGUUAAUUCUUGCCCGCAUAAUUUGGAACUUCGACUUGAAGCUGGCGCCGGAGAGUAAAUCUUGGGCAGCUGGUCAAAAAGUUUUCUUCUUCUGGGACAAGCCUCCCUUGUGUGUGUACUUCAAGCCCCGACAAGAGCGAUGA